AUGGAUCGAUUGACGAAGACGAAACAACAAAAAUUACAACGUCUGUCGAACGAACAGAUAACAAAGAAACUACUGAAGAGAUCAAUCGACGAAGCCAGUGUGCGAUUGAUAAGCAGAUCACAGCUGUUAGAAACGUGGGCAACAAUUUUGGCGGACAGCAUUGAUUCUCCAUGCAGUAUUGCGACGGAGGGUGCUGUGUCGAAAGAUACUGAAGGUGGAUUGACCUUAUACGAAAAGAAACAGUUAAAAAUGGAAUAUAAGCUUCGAGAAGAGGAGAUUGUUAGACAACGAGAAAAAGAUGAGAGGGAAUAUAAGCUUAAAGAAGCAGAGAUGGCCAGACAGCGUGAAAGAGAUGAAGCAGAGAUGGCCAGACAGCGUGAAAAAGAUGAAGCCGAAUUCAGGCUUAAGAGAACUUGUCCGUUAGAGCCAAGAGAUAUUCCUGCAUUCUUUGAACACGUAGAAAAAUUUUUUCGAAACUAUCACGUAGACGGAGAAAUUCAAGCCAAUUUGUUGAUAAUGAGUUUGAACGAAAAGGCCAAAACAUGGUUGCAUACUAUUUCCGCCGACGGUCUGAAGGAUUAUAGCGAAAUUAAAAGACUCAUUCUGCAGGAGUUCAGGUUAAACCCGCCAAAAUUGAGUAAUGAAUUCUUCGCCCUGAGAAGACAGAAAAGCGAAUCGUACACAAGUUUCGGGGCGAAAUUAUACGGCACGCUGAACCACUAUUUUCAAAGCCGUAACAUUACGGGAUUAGAAGAUGCAAUGAAAUUGAUAUGUGAAGAUAGAAUGAAAGAGUUGCUAUCAAGGCAUACUCUGGAAUUUAUUUUGUCACAAGAACAAGCAGCUUCCUGGAUGAGUCAUGACGUGUUGGCACAAACGAUCGACAAAUAUGAAGCUGCUAUGAACAUGAAAGUUUCGAGCGACAAUACAUAUAUGCCGGAGAGUAUCAAUCAGAUACAAUCGUCUCGAGAAAAUGAGCACCAGAUGUAUAGAAAUAGUAACAACAAAUCAGCUUCACCCAAACAAACCUGUUUCUCUUGCGGGAAGAUCGGUCAUAUUGCGAAGCGCUGUACAUGGAAAAGAACCAACAAAGAAACACAAAGACCACAACAAAAACGUCAACAGCAGAGGCACUCCUCAAAAUAUGAUCAUAAAUCUUCGGGUGAGACUCUACAACCCAGAUCGUCCAAUACCGAGAAUUUUUCGGAGAUCCUUAAAACUUCUGCGAAGCCGUCGACAUCAAGACAAGUUCCAGUAGAAUUUCCGUCAACAUACGCGACCUUAGCAUCGUCGACAACCAAAGAAAGAAGUCACACAGUUUCAGAAAGCUUGUCAGUGGCGUGUGUAACGUUGGAACACCCAUCCCAUGAGCUACUGAAGGACAACAACUUCAUCUGGCACAAGUACAAUUCUUACCGAGCCAAGUGCCUCAAGGAUCGUCGGAAGGUUGGGAUCGGGCAGUCUACAGAAAUGAACACUCUUUUCAGGUUUUGGUCAUUUUUUCUUCGUCACCACUUUCACCAAAAAAUGUACGAAGAGUUCAGGCAACUUGCCAUUGAAGAUGCCAAUAAAGGGUUCAGGUAUGGCUUGGAAUGUCUGUUUCGGUUCUAUAGUUAUGGUUUGGAGAAAAGAUAUCGACCUGACUUGCUUGAGCACUUCCAAGAGGAGACCAUCAAAGAUUAUCAAAAUGGCCAGUUAUAUGGCCUGGAAAAGUUCUGGGCUUUCCUCAAAUAUUCAAGGAAACAGAUGCUGGUCGAUGGCAGGUUGAGGGGAUAG